UCGACUGUUACGACUAGCUCGCCGGAGAUAUGAAGGAAGAGAAGAAAGACGUCGGAGGAGAUAUGGCAGAGAAGGAGCUUCAGACACCUUACGGGUUUUGGAUUUGGGCUACGGCUUCCGCGAUUCUCCGAUUAUUCUUCAUUUUUUUCCCGGAAUACUUCAAACUAUCCUCUCGCCCGGAGGUCUCUACCCCUCUCACAAGCCUUCGCCGCCUUGCUGAAGCUUACUGGUUGAAGCAGUCAUCAAUGUCACCGUACGCAGGAUCAAUGUAUCAUGGCUCUCCAUUGCUGCUCUCCAUUCUGGGUCCGCUCACAAGCCAAAGGAUUAAAGGGCAUUCGAGUCAUCAGUUGUGCAGCUUGGUUUUUGUUAUUGCAGAUAUACUUAGUGCAGUGCUUCUUCGAGCUAUUGGUCAGAAGCUCCUAAAGACUUACAUAAUGAAUUUGAAACAACUUGGCGUUCUCAGGUCAUCACAGGACAGAGGGAUCCUCCCUUGUGGUGAUAUUGCUGCUCUUGUGUACCUCUGGAAUCCUUUCACAAUACUUUCCUGUGUUGGCUUAUCAACUUCUCCUAUAGAAAAUUUCGCUGUCAUUGUAUCGCUUUACGGAGCAGUUACUCGAAAAAUUCCUCUGGCUGCAUUUGGGUUCAUCAUGGCCACGCAUUUGUCUCUUUAUCCAGCCAGUUUGGUGGUUCCACUGAUCUUUCUGUUGGGAUCUGGUUUAGAUGCCCCUCCUAUAAAAAAUUUCCUUCAGACAAGAGAUCGAGGAGUUGAGAAUGGAUCAACCUCUGAUGUUUCUAAACAAGACAAAUUGACUCGAACUACUCAACUUCCUUUUUUAUGGAGAACAGUCUUGCAUUUCGUAUUCUGGGUACUAGUGUGGUCGAUCUAUGUGUUGGUUUUAUGUAGCUUAUCAUUGAAACAAUAUGGUGGGCUGGAGGAGAUGUUCAAAAGGACAUAUAGAUUCAUUCUGAGUAUAGAAGAUCUGUCACCAACCAUUGGUGUCUUUUGGUACUUAUUCGCAGAAGUGUUUGAUUUUGCCAGAAGUUAUGUCCUGAUAGUUUUUAACUUAUAUAUCCUGCUUACGUCGCUACCACCAUUAGCCUUCCGAUUAAAACAUCGGCCCUGCUUCCUUGCUUUCGUGUAUUUAGCCAUCUCCUCGAUUCUUAAAUCUUAUCCUUCAGUAGGAGAUGCAGCUUUAUACUUGAGUUUGUGGGCAUUGUUUGUGAAUGAAUUAUCAGGCUGCUGUGUAAAUGUAAGACAUCGACCACUUGUUCUUUAUAUUAUGUGGAUCUAUUGGGUUUUCGCUUCUCAGCCCUGUGAUGCACAACAUCUGGAUAUGGAGGGGAACUGGAAAUGCAAACUUCUACUACGCAAAUGCUAUGGGCUACGCAUGCUUUCAGUUUAUGUUUGUGGGGGAAAGUGUAAACGCAAUGCUCGACCAUGACCAGGCGCUGAAUAAAGCUACUGCAAAAAUGACUAAGAACUGAGCCAUUACAUGUACAGCCAUUAGUGGGUUUUAUAGUCUCUAACUAUAAACUUGUGGUAUAAGUACACUCUGCUUUGUUCUUCUGAGAGUUUCCUCAGUUUUUUUAGUUAACUAUAAAAGUAACACUUUGGUAUUUGGUCUGGUUUAGGACUUUUAUAUCCUAAUGGUCGAUAACUUCUCUUUGAACAUUGUAAAUGUUUCAGAUUAGUAUGGUUUCAUUAUAAUUUUUUA